GGUAUCCCUCCGCCGGGGUCAUCCCCUCCCCUCCAUGGUAGCAGGAACUAAUUCUCCUUUGGGUCAUGGGUGAACUGAAGGUGGAAUUUCACGGAUCAGGGUUCCCUGUGACCCUUGAAAGAGAGGGCGAUCAUCCCAAGUCAGAACCCCCCCGCCAGCUUUAAAGUGGGGUUCGGUUUAAACCAAGGCUUUGGCCCCAUGACCCCAAUCAAGCCCCGCCCCUUCCUGGUUGUCCUAGCGACGGUUGUGGCGUCCCAAGAUGGCGUCGUGGCUGCCAGAGACGCUGUUCGAAAUUGUAGGACAAGGCCCGGCGCCGAGCAAAGACUAUUACCAGUUAUUGGUCACCCGGUCCCAGGUGAUCUUUAGAUGGUGGAAGAUCUCUCUGAGGAGUGAGCAUCGAUCAGCAAAACCUGGAGAAGUAAAAGAAACUCAUGAAGACUUCCAAGGGAAUUCAUAUCUUCAAAUUCAAAUUGCCUUAAUAUUUGGUGCAAGAAUAUUCGACUAUAUCUGCAACUUAUGCAAAGGUAAAUUUGACUUCCUUGAACGGCUCUCGGACAAUUUGCUCCUGAAUAUAAUUUCUUAUCUGGAUCUUGAAGAUAUUGCCAGGCUUUCUCAAACAUCACACAGAUUUGGAAAGUUGUGCAAGUGUGACAAACUGUGGGAGCAGAUCGUUCAGUCUGCCUGUGACCACAUCACCCCUGACAUGAGGGCCCUGGCCGAGGACGUGGGAUGGAGACAGAUGUUCUUCACCAACAAGCUGCAGCUCCAGCGGCAGCUCCGCAAGAGGAAACAAAGACAACAAGACCAGACGGACAAACUACGAGGUCUUGCUGAUUCAGGAGCCAUCUGCAAAGCACAGAGUAUCUGCAUGCACGCACAGCAGAACCUGACCCUGCAGUCCACCUUGUAGUGAGGUGAGCAUCGUGGCCCUGAGCACGGGGCUGCAGGACCCAGAGUCCCACAGCACGUCUUCCCCAUCCCCUGAUACCCCUGAGAAAAGAAAGGCUUCUGUUGUAUAAAAACAAACAAUAAAUGGUUAUUAGCAGA